AUGCAAAAAGGAAUGGAUAUAGAAUUACACCAACAACAACAACAAAUUCGUUAUGACCGCCAAAUUCGUUUAUGGGGAGAUGAAGGACAAAAAACUAUCCAAAAAGCAAAAAUUUGUGUUUAUGGUUCUAGUGCUUUAGCUGCUGAAAUAUUAAAAAGUUUAGUUUUGGCUGGUGUUGGAUAUUUUCAUAUUAUCGAUAAUUCAAUUGUAAAGACGUCAGAUUUGGGACAAAACUUUUUUUUGGAUGUUGAUUCUGUUGGGAAAUUGAGAGGAGAAUGUUUGGUUAAAUUGUUGACGGAAUUAAAUCCAUCAGUUCACGGUCAGCAUUCCCCAGUCCCUUUUGGAGAAUUUUCAAAACACGAAAUGUUUAUGCUUUUAAAUUUUUCUUUGGUUAUUGGGACAAAUAUGUUGGCAACUGAAGCAAUAAAAUUGGACAAAUUUUUGUUUGAAAAUAAUACUCCUUUUUUGUUUGUAAAAUCUGUUGGAAUGUUGGGGUAUUUGCGGUUAUCUUUUAAUGAACAUAUUAUUUGGAAUAAUCGAAGUGUUAAUGAUUGUUAUGAUUUGAGAAUUGAUUCUCCAUUCCCAGAAUUGUUAAAACUUGCAAACGAAACAGAUCUCAAUUCAAUGACUCAUGAACAACAUUCACAUACACCUUAUGUUUUGUUAUAUUUUAAAGCUAUUGAAAUUUGGAAAGAAAGAGUCAUACUUUUUCUUUGGACUUCAAACUUUUUGUGUGGACUUGGAAGCUUCUAUUGGACUCAUAAAGAUUCAGUGGAUUCAUAACAAGUCCGAGCAGUUUUUUGGAUAAAUUCUACAAAAUAUCUGUUCCCAAAUGGUGCCCAAUGUGUGUAUAAAAUAAAAUUUCCCCUUAGUUCUUCUUCAAAGGUCUUUUCUCUCUCUCUCUUUCGUCAAAAUGGACCGACUCAGAUCGAAUUAUCGAGUGCG